GAUGGCGAUGCCGUCGACCGCCAAGCGCAUGGGCGACAGCGACAGCGCCCCAGCGAUGCGAGCUAUAUGCCGGGUGGCUUUGACCCGAACGUGCUCGAAGAAGGGGAGAUGGCGCCGGGCAUCCGCUUCGGACGCAUUCCGCAGCGCGUGCCGAGGAGGUACAAGACGUUGAAGCGAGUCGAGCUCUACCACGGUAACCUCGUCCUAGACUGUCCCGUGCCGGGAAAGCUUCUGGACAAGCUCAACGACCGCGAAAGCCGUGAGUUCACGCACAUGCGCUAUACUGCUGCCACGUGCGACCCGGACAACUUCAAGGACGAGCGCUACACGCUCCGUCAGGUGCUCUUCGACCCGCCGCGCCGGACUGAGCUGUUUAUCGUGCUGACCAUGUACAACGAGGACGAGGAGCUGUUCACGCGCACGAUGCACGGUGUUAUGACGAACAUUGCGCACCUGUGCACGAGGGAGCGGAGCAAGACGUGGGGCAAAGAGGGAUGGAAGAAGGUCGUCGUUUGCAUCGUCUCGGAUGGACGCAUGAAGAUCAACAGCCGGACACUUUCCGUUCUCGCCGCCAUGGGCGUCUAUCAAGAGGGUGUCGCGAAGAACGUCGUUAAUGGAAAGCCGGUCACGGCACACAUUUACGAGUACACGACGCAGCUGUCGGUCGAUCCGCACCUUCGUUUCCGUGGCCGUGAGAAAGGCAUCAUGCCGGUGCAGAUCCUGUUCUGCCUCAAGGAGCGCAACCAGAAGAAGAUCAAUUCGCACCGAUGGUUCUUCAACGCGUUUGGGCCCAUCUUGCAGCCCAACGUCUGCGUCCUGCUCGACGUCGGAACGAUGCCGCGCGCCAAGAGCAUCUACUCGCUGUGGAAGGCGUUCGACAUUCACUCCAACGUCGCCGGUGCCUGUGGCGAAAUUGUCGCACUCAAAGGCCGCUUCUGGGAGGGCUUGCUGAACCCGCUGGUUGGAGCGCAAAAUUUUGAGUACAAGAUGAGCAACAUCCUCGACAAACCACUCGAGAGCGUCUUUGGCUACAUCAGCGUCCUUCCCGGCGCCUUCUCCGCGUACAGGUACAUUGCGCUACAGAAUGACUCAACGGGCCAGGGUCCGCUGCACCAGUACUUCAAAGGCGAGACGUUGCACGGAGGCACGAGCGACGCGGACAUCUUCACGAGCAACAUGUACUUGGCUGAGGACCGCAUCUUGUGCUGGGAGCUCUGCUCGAAGCGCGACGCCGCAUGGAUCCUGCACUACGUCAAGAGCGCCCAGGCGGUCACGGACGUGCCGGACGCUGUCGCUGAACUCAUCUCGCAGCGCCGGCGGUGGCUUAACGGGUCGUUCUUUGCUGGUAUCCACAGUAUUGUCAAGGUGUACUACAUCUACCGCUCGAGCCAUUCGUUCGGCCGCAAGUUGGCGCUGCACAUAGAGCUUCUCUACCAGAGCAUCUCGUUGAUCUUCUCCUGGUUUGGGCUCGCCAACUUCUUCAUCAGUUUCUACGUUCUGACCAAAGCUGUCUCGGAAGUGGUGCCGCAGCUGAAGGUUCCGAACUACAUCCUGACAUACGUCUACCUCGCCUUUGUCGUCUUCUGCUUCCUCAUGGCACUUGGCAACCGGCCGGCGGGCAGCAAGUGGGGGUACAUCACCGCGAUGGCGGUGUUUGCGCUUUUGACCAUGUACAUGACCGCGGCUGCGCUUGCACUGGCGAUCACGAGCAUCAUCAAGGCCGAGAAGAGUGGCGACGCGACAUCGCUGAUUGGCAAUGCCGUCUUCCGCAACAUCGUCGUCUCGAUCGCGUCGACUUUCGGCGUGUGGUUCCUUGCAUCGCUGAUAUACCUCCAGCCGUGGCACAUGUUCACCUCGAUCCUGCAGUACAUGCUGCUGGCGCCGAGCUUCAUCAACGUGAUCAAUGUAUACGCCUUUGCGAACACGCAUGACGUCAGCUGGGGCACAAAAGGCUCAGAUAAAGUUUCCACCGACCUCGGCGUCGUUGGCAGCUCGGGCAACAAGAACCAGGUCGACGUGGCGAUCCCCACCGAGGCGAAGGACAUCAACGACGCGUACGACGACGCGUGCCAUGUGCUAACGACCAAGAAGCCGAAGGAGAUUCAAAAGAUCGACCAUGAGACGAAGCAGAAGGACUACUAUGCAUCCAUCAGGACCUGGGUCUUGCUCAUCUGGACACUAACCAAUGCGGGUCUUGCGAUCGGUAUCCUCAAUGUGACGAGCACGAAUGUGCAGAUCACGUACAUGGGCUUCUUGCUCUACAGCGUUGCUGCGCUCGCGCUCAUCAAGUUCCUGGGCUGCCUCAUAUAUCUG